AUGAUUUCGCAUACGACAUGCUAUUUUUUCUUCUUAUUCUGCACUUUGCCUUUUAUCAGUUGUGUAAAAGUAAAUGAUGACGUAACAUUGCAUCAAUCUGUAGAAAAAUAUAGACAGAAUUCCGUUUCGAAAGUAUUCACUGUCAAUUUAUCUAAUGCUAUUUUUAUGAUUGUGGCAAAGGUUGUUCUCAUAGGAGCCAUAUAUUACUAUAUCUUCAACAAAGAUUCGGAUUAUGAUGAUCAGAAGAGGCAAGAACGAUCAAUUAGUGCAAGUAAACCCGAUAUUAACGAUUUUUUGAACUAUUUCUUGGCUAUAAAUACGGAUAAUCAUGAAUGCGUUUAUAAAUUUGCUUGUGAAAAUCCAGAAAAGGCCAAAGUGUACAUAAAUAGAAGUUUAGAAAUAUUGGAAAUAUUCGAGUCUCUUAAAAAAAGUUUGCUUCUAGAAUCGAUAAGUAAGAAGAUAAAUACCAUCAAAAGAAUCACAGAAGAAAAUAAUAAUUGCAAGAAAUUUAUAUGUAAAAGAACAAUUUGUCAUAUGAAUUGCAAUUAG